GUUCCUCUCCAUCGUUGACUCCAUUCCAAAAUCGAUUCUCGCUAAGGCUUUGUUUGGCAAAGUAAAAAAAUCCCAAUCCUUGCUGCGUUCAUACCACACUGAUGAUUUAUUUGACUUAAAUCACAGCACAAGACUCUCCACCAUGGCAAACCAUGGUACAAGUAAAACACCACCAUCCUUGUUUUUCACAUACGAUGUUUUUCUCAGUUUUAGAGGCGAUACAAGGUACGGUUUCACAGAUUGUCUCUACCACGCAUUGACAAGCAAAAGAAUCAACACGUUCAGGGAUCGUGACAACCUGAAAACAGGUGAUGAAAUUGGGCAUGCUGUUCUUGAAGCAAUUGAGAAAUCAAGGAUUUCGAUUGUUGUGCUAUGUCAAAACUAUGCUUCUUCUACAUGGUGCCUGGAUGAGCUAGCCAAGAUCAUGGAGUGUACGGACAGGGGGAGAAGACAAAGAGUUUUGCCAAUUUUCUACAAGGUAGAACCAUCGGAUGUGCGCCAUCAAAGGAAUCAAUAUGAAGCAGCUAUGAUUAAGCAUGAAAAUGGCAGAAACUCACACAAGAUGGAAGCAUGGAGGUUGGCUUUGACUUCAGUAGGCAACCUGAGUGGACAACAUUGUACUGCAGACAUGUAUGAAAGUAACAUUAUUGACAAAAUUGUUGAAGAGGUGUUACGAAACCUUCCUCCACAACCUCUCCUUUUCCAAAACCAUGUUGAAUUUGAUUCUCAAUUAGAAGAUGUGAAAUCACUUUUAGACGUUGAAUCCAGUGAUACUCUUUGCAUGUUGGGAAUUAUUUAUGGAGAUGGUGAAACAAUGAGUAAAACAAGAUUUGUUGUGGAGCUAUAUAACAAAAUCAUGCAUCAAUUUGAAGCUGCUAGUUUUCUUGCCAAUGUCGGUGAAAAAUCAAAGGAAAGUGUUAGUGGUUUAGGAGAUCUCCAAAAGACACUUUUAAUUGAGAUGGGUGAGGAAGCAACAAUCAUGAUAGGUAGCACAUUUAAAGGAUCCUCUGAAAUUAAACAAAAUUUAGGCCAUAAAAGAGUUCUUCUAGUUCUAGAUGAUGUUGAUAAUGUGCAGCAACUACAUGCAUUGGUAGGAGGAGGUGACUGGUUUGGUCCUGGGAGUAGGAUAAUUAUCACCACAAGAGAUGAAAAAUUGGUCAAUAAGCACGGGUUGGAUGGUGUUGAGAUUAAGAAAUACCGCAUUGGUACAGAUGAAUUCGAAAGCAUGGAACUAGCUAAACGAAAUCAUAGACAAAGGGGCACAGAGGAAGGGGAUGUAAUAAUAGGCUUUCAGAAUAACGUCAGCACUAUAAUUAAUCAGCUUAAGGAAAAUGAUCUACCUACUAAUGUUGUUUCCAUAAUUGGUAUGGGUGGUUUAGGUAAGACGACCAUUGCUAGAAAGAUUUAUAACGGCUAUGAGGUCAAGAAGUUGUUCUCUUGCCGCGCAUGGAGCUCUGUUUCUAAAAGCUAUGUGGCAAGGGAAGUUUUGUUGAGCCUUCUACGUUGUCUGAAGAAAGUGAAGAAACCCGUGUUUGAAUUUAAAAACUCAAGUGAGGAGGAAAUAAGGGAUGAAUUGAGAGAAUACUUAAAGAAGCAAAAGUAUUUGGUAGUUCUUGAUGACCUUUGGGAUCCUCUUGUGUGGGAUGACAUAAAACGUGCCCUUCCAAGUGGCAAGACUGGUAGCAGAAUACUUAUAACUAGUCGUAAUAAUGAGGUGGCAAACUACACAAGCCCAGUGCCUUCCCAUUACCUUCCAUUUCUAAACAACGAAGAAAGUUGGGAACUGUUCUGUAAGAAAGUGUUUUGGGGUGGAGAAUGCCCCUCUGAUCUAGAGUCUAUUGGUAAGUCAAUGGUUGAAAAUUGUGGAGGUUUACCAAUUGCUAUAAUCACUUUAGCAGGACUUGUUUCUAAGAAGAAAAGGUCACAAAGAGAGUGGUUGCGAAUCAAAGGACAUGUGAAUUGGCAUCUUGCUCAAGAUAAUUCCAUAGUCAAGGAUGCAUUGAAGCUCAGCUUCGAUGAUUUGCCUACAAGAUUGAAGCCGUGUUUUCUGUAUUUUGGGCUCUUUCCUGAGGAUUAUACGAUCUCCGCAAGGAAAUUGGUCCAAUUAUGGAUGGCCGAAGGAUUCGUUCAACAAGAAGAAUGUGGAAUACCAUAUGCGCCGGAACCAGAAGACGUUGGCGAUGAAUACUUAGAUGAGCUGGUGGAUCGUUGCUUGGUACAAGUGACAAAAAGAAGGAGUGACGGCGGUGUCAAAUAUUGUCAAAUCCAUGAUCUGUUACAUGACUUUUGCAUAUCAACUAGCAAAGUUGACAAGUUUCUAGAGAUUUGUACAAAGUCCAACAUUCAUUCCUUGAGAAAUCCUCGAAGGUUGUCUCUACUCGGUAAAGCACAAUCUACCUAUAAUAUUUCUUCUAUGCAAUGCGAUGAAUCAUGCACAUCCUUGUUUAUCUUUGCUAAAAAUGAGCACCUAGAUGAUAAUCUAGAGAACUUCCAAUCAAUUCAUGUGCUACAUUUAGCAAAAGGAGUAUUCACAAAAUCAACACCGAGUGAUUUGAAGGUAAUGAUCAACCUAAAAUACUUGAGAAUAGAAAGAAGUACUUCUUGUUAUUAUGAAGCUACAGACAUUCCAGAUUGUAUAUGGAGCCUUUGUAAUUUAGAAACACUAGAUCUGAGGGAUUUGAACACACACACAACCUCUAGUCAAAUUUGGAAUCUCAAGAGGCUGAGACAUGUUUACAUGUUAUUGACCGUUGAGCUACCAUCAAACGGCGCCGAAACAUCAUCGUUGAAUCUCCAAACUCUUUGUGAAGUGGUUCUUGAUCAGCAAUUAACAUUAGCACUAGAAAAUGGUUGGCUACCUAACUUGAAGAAGUUAGGUUUGCGGUUGAAUCAGGAGUAUACACCACAUGAAUAUUUUUUGAGCCUGCUCUGCCUAAGCAACCUCUCUACGCUGCAUGUAGAAUGUAUUGAUUCAAACUAUUUACAUGCGGCUGCUUUUCCAUCAAAUCUUACCAAGGUUACCUUAAAAUUAUUUGUUGAUGAGAACCACAACAUUAUAAAUGCUCUAGCACAUCUUGCUAACCUCCAAGUUUUGAAAUUAAUAGAUGGUAUCUUGCCAGAUUCUCUUAAUUGUGGCACCACAGAGUUUCCACAGCUUCAAAUGUUUCUCAUGAAAGAGGUAUAUGUCAAGAGGUGGAGAUUAGAGAAAGGUGCAAUGCCUCAGCUUCGACGAUUGGCCAUCCAUAAUUGCUUCUUCCUUAAACAAGUGCACGUUGUUGAUCCAUCUCAUAAAUUGAAAACCACCCUUCAAAUGGGGCUUAUGGCAGAUUGCAAAUUUGUGAUUCAUAAUUCAAUGUAACCAUUAUAUUCA